AUGGUGAUCGAGGAUAAGACUAAAUUGCCCCUGGAUUACAUACGAAAACCACUGGUGCCAUUCGAGGAAAUGCGACGCGCACGCUUCCACGCGGCGGUAGUUGACGUGAAUGCCGAGGACGAGGAUCCCUACCGUAUGCUGCCAUUUUCGGGUCAGCACAAGGCGCAGGCCGAUAUGCUGGGUCCCAAGGAUAUGUUUUUUACCUUCAGCACUCGGCUGCGAAACAGCUUAAGGUUGCAACUGGAGGUGCCCGUACCGGACGUCCGCAGGACCCUGCUUGGACCCGGGAACCGCAAGUACUACGGGGCAGUGAUCACCGAUCUUGACGAGAACUAUAUUGAGGAGUUAAAAAGCCGCGCCACCAUUAAGUCUUUCAAGUUCAAAACCAGUAUUCAGUUGCUUAAGGACGCCAUGCGUUUGAAGUACGAGGCCCUGUUGAUUCAAGGGCAAAUGGUGCGCACCAAGAUAUACGAUCGCAUGAACGAGCGACACUGGGUGGGUAUGAAGAAUACCAAGAUCUUGUACGAGGCGUUGUUCGCCAAGUGGAAGAAGAAGGAGUAUAACGCGGCCAUGACGAUGGUGUAUCAGGUGAAGUCGUAUUACGAGACCACUGACAAACUGAAGCAGGAGUACCGGAAUCUAGAGCGCGAGUUGAUGAUGCUCAACAUGGAUAUUGUUUUUAUCGAGGGCCACUGGAUCCGGUGUAUUAUGCUGCAGAACUUCCACUACCUAAUGGGGGACCAGGAUUGGCGAGCGGAGCGCGACUGGAUACAUCUGGUCCCCAAAAGUGAGCGCCGCGGCAGUUCCGAAGGCCAGGUUGACGAGGAGCAAUGCCCGGAGCAUGCAGCUAAGGAAGUGGAUGUGGGUGAUGAAGACUUGGAACUGGAGCCUUACGACGUAUCGAUCGCAAAGCGAACCACCGUCAAUAUUCGGGUGCGCGACAAGGACGACGCCUGGGCCAUCCGCGCCUUCUACUACGACGUCUACAUGCAAAAGGUCCACCCAAUCCUGCAAGUCUUCCCUGACGCAGAGUCCUUCUUGCAGGGCGUCGAGAGCCUUAAGAACAAAACCUUUAUGCUGCUUCUGGAAAUGCACUUCACAAUGUCCAUUCACACCGAGCUGCAGGGCCGACUGGAGGCCUUUAUAGAUUGGUGCACCAAAGAACUCAAGGAAAAGCAGGAGUACGUUGCUCGCAAAUCAGCGAAAAAAUUUUUUAUGGAGGAUCGCGCAAAGGAGAUGGAGGAGAGGGUCCACCACUACCUUGGACGGCCCAUCGAGGAGACGAUUGCGGACGAGGAUUUCAACAAACACCGCGCCGUCUUAGCCGAGGUGUGGCGCCGAGUGGUCGCAGACUCGGUUCGCGGUACCAGCGAUGUCCUGCCCAGUGCUGCUGACAUGGUGGCUGCCAUAAGCGACGUGGUCAUGGAGAUCCUUUCAAAGUUCGAAAACAUGGACAUUGAGAAGGUCCGUUCCGUAGAAGCCAACUUGCGAAAAGGACGCCGCUACAGAGAAAAGCUCUCCUACCAGGCCUAUCAAGUUGAGCGGCGCAUUGAAAUGGAGAUGAAGAAGGUGCGCCGCAACUUGGAACCCCCCUUUAGAAAGCCGAAGCGAGAGGGACGCCUUCCAAGGCUCUUCCUCAAGAGGAGGGUCAUUCCGGAGGAAAGAGAGGUCCUUGCUAUCUCUGAGAACACAAAGAACUUUGUGCGUGCUUUCAGGGAGGACGGUUACACAGGCGACCAGAUUACUCACACCUCCUUGUUGACAGUUGACAAUAUGCAGGAGCAGAUAGUGCCCUUCUAUUUUGACCACUUCCUGAAAAUCAACGGCUACACGCCCAAUUACAACUUUAGGACAAACGUAGACUUGCGUGAUGGACCAGAGUUUAAUCGCCUGAAGGUAUGUGAAGUCCUACCAGAUGUCCUGGCCAGGCUAGAGACUUGA